AAAAUCCUUCCAUAGAAAAUAAGGAAGUUUUGGGAGCAUUUCAGGUUGACAUUUCGUUUCAAUUUUGUUUUGUUUAAUUUUUAAUGAUCUCAGCAUGUGGACGUUAAUAUAUUGAGGAACUUCUUAUUAUUCAAUCUCGCAGAUCUGCUACCCGCAUUUUUUCAGUCUUGCUGUAAUUUAGGGCUUAUUUUAUUAAAAUCCCUUUUUUGCUGGGGUAUUUAUUCUGGUUUCGUUUAUUGUCUCCUGAAGAACAAGAAAAGUACAACCUUUGUUGGAAAGGUCUUGGCUUGAUGAUGGAAAUGAGGGGAGCUAUUCUUAUGGUUCUUUUACUGGUUACUGGUUUGAAAGUCGAAGCAGAUGGGGCGGAUCACAGAUACAAGGAGAGAGAGCUCGUCCCUCUGUAUGCAAACAAAGUGGGUCCUUUUCACAAUCCCAGUGAGACGUAUCGGUUCUAUGACCUGCCAUUCUGUUCGCCAGAUAAUGUGAAGGAUAAAAAGGAAGAUCUGGGAGAAGUAUUAAAUGGUGACCGCUUGGUUGACUCACCUUAUGAAUUGAAUUUUCGGGUAGACAAACAGUCCGAAACCCUCUGUCGGAAAAAGUUGUCAAAAGAGGAAGUUGCACAGUUGAGGACUGCCGUGCUGAAAGACUACUACUUCCAAAUGUAUUAUGAUGACCUGCCUUUCUGGGGAUUUUUGGGGAAAGUUGAAAGGGAGAACAAGAUGGAUCAGAGCGAGUACAAGUACUUGCUCUUUAAGCACAUCCACUUUGAGGUUCUUUAUCACAGUGACCGUGUCAUUGAGAUUAAUGUUCAGACUGACCCGAACUUGGCUGUGGACAUCACAGAGGAUAAGGAAGUUGAGGUGGAGUUUUCCUAUUCGGUUGAGUGGAAAGAAACUGACAUUCCUUUCGAGAAGAGGAUGGAAAAGUACUCAAAAUCAUCAUCAAUGCCGCAACACUUGGAAAUCCACUGGUUCUCAAUAAUAAAUUCUUGUGUGACUGUCCUCCUGCUUACUGGUUUUCUUGCUACUAUUCUUAUGCGGGUUCUCAAGAAUGACUUCAUCAAAUAUUCUCAUGAUGAAGAGUCGCUGGACGACCAGGAGGAGACUGGAUGGAAGUACAUUCAUGGGGAUGUCUUCCGAUUCCCAAAAUACAAAUCUCUAUUCUCGGCUGUCCUUGGCUCAGGAACACAGCUCCUAGCUCUUGCAUUGUUCAUUUUCCUCCUUGCACUUGUUGGGGUGUUCUAUCCUUACAACAGGGGUGCACUUUUCACUGCUCUGGUUGUCAUAUAUGCUCUUACCUCUGGAAUUGCUGGCUACACUGCAACAUCCUUCUAUUUGCAACUAGAAGGAACUAACUGGGUGAGGAAUUUGUUGUUAACAGGUUGCUUGUUCUGUGGACCUCUUUUCCUGACAUUCUGCUUCCUCAACACUGUUGCCAUUGUAUAUAGCGCCACUGCUGCUUUGCCAUUUGGUACCAUCUUGGUUAUUCUUCUAAUAUGGACAUUGGUAACUUCUCCUUUACUUGUAUUGGGUGGCAUUGCUGGUAAGAACAGCAAAACAGAAUUCCAAGCUCCAUGUCGCACCACUAAGUAUCCCAGGGAGAUUCCUCAACUGCCUUGGUAUAGGGGUACAAUCCCUCAGAUGGCAAUGGCAGGGUUCCUCCCAUUCAGUGCUAUCUACAUUGAGCUGUACUACAUAUUCGCUAGUGUGUGGGGUCACAAGAUUUACACCAUAUACAGCAUCCUGUUCAUUGUUUUCAUCAUUCUGAUCAUUGUCACGGCUUUCAUCACUGUGGCAUUGACCUACUUUCAGCUUGCAGUUGAGGAUCAUGAAUGGUGGUGGAGAUCUGUUCUCUGUGGAGGCUCCACGGGUGUGUUCAUCUUUGGCUACUGCUUGUACUACUACUAUGGAAGAUCGGACAUGUCAGGUUUCAUGCAGACAUCCUUCUUCUUUGGUUACAUGGCUUGCAUUUGUUAUGGAUUCUUCCUCAUGCUUGGGACUGUUGGUUUCCGUGCCUCCUUGCUGUUUGUUCGCCACAUAUACCGCUCUAUCAAGUGUGAAUAGGUGCUUGGUCUGUGUACUCUUCCCACUGCUUUAGUUGGCACCGAGCUGAGUCAACAUUUGUAGCAGUAGCAGUAGUAGAGGCAAGACUGGGAAUUUUUCCAUCAGUCACCAUUCCUAGAUGUAAUUCUGUUAUUUCUUUAUUUACUAAUAUAUAUAUUUCUUCAUUUUUCACCAAUAGUGAAGAGGUGCCAGCAGCUUUUA